UAUCGAAAGUAUCCGACGGAAAUAUUCAUAUAGUAUAUAUUUUAGUAACAACUUGACGGUUAGAAGACGUCCUCUUUCCUUUUGGUAGUCUUUGUAUGAAACCAAUAUCAUGAUAUUGGUAACGCUACUGUUAGUAUAUAUUUUUUCUACUGUGACUGCUCUAUCGCAGUCCCAAUCGAAUGGCUGCCUAUAUAACCUGCCAAUGCCGACAAAGCCUGAUCCUGAGGAUUGUGUUGGAUAUUUUGCACUUUACGAUAAUGAAUACAUACAACAAUAUUGUCCACCAGGUGCAAAAUACAGCGAUGCUUUGAGUUGCUGUAUAACAGGGCGUUGCCCCCCAUGCAAUUGUCAAACAACAACCACAAUCUCGUCAGACUCUACAACUUCUGGGAAUGAUUGUAGCAGUAUCGAAACAACUUCUGGUACUGCCAGCAGUACAAUAAGUGACUUCACAAACGAUUCUACUGAGGAAACCACAGGUUCCUCUUUUGAAGAUAGCAGUCCUGAGUCCCCUCAGUCAUCUUCGACAAGUUCGAGUCCAGCGGAUUAUUCCACUGAUACUUCUCCUAAUAGUGAAGACACAACGAAUUUGUCAACUGAAACAACGCUUAUUACAAAUGCUUCAGAUGGCACCACUUCCACAACAGAGGUCUCCAGUGACACGUCAACGAGCCAAGGAACUUCGACAAUGACAAGUUCGACCAAUGGUCAGCCGGAAACAUCUCCAACUGUUUCAACUGAUUACACGACAAAUACUAACAACCCCAUAACACCACCUGAGCCUCCGGGUGGGGAAACCACUACUAAAGAUACCACAACAGAUUCAACUCCAGCUGUGACUUCCACAACGGAGAGUACCACGGAUCUUACAGCGACCACUACAUCCUUAGCGCUUACCACAACUGAUUCUACUCCAGCUGUAUCUUCCUCUACAUAUAAGACAACAACAACUGGCCCAGCGCCACCAUCAUGCGAAAACUUGAAAACAGGAACGUUCCUUCCAGAUCCAGUUGACUGCAACCGUUAUUAUGUAUGCAGUUAUGGACAAGCCAUACUGAUGCAUUGUCCGCCGACACUUUGGUUUGAUGUAAAACUAAACGUGUGUAAUUAUCCUGAAAAAGUAACAUGUGAUGCGAGUGGUCGUCCUGAAACAUCUCCGGAUUUUACAACAGCUACUACAUUCAUAACAUCUACCACAACUGAUUCUACUCCAGCUGUGACUUCCUCAACGGAAAGUACUACGGUUCUUACAACGACAACUACAUCCGAAACACCUACAACAUCCCAUUCUACUUCAACGGAAAGUACUACGGUUCUUACAACGACAACUACACCCGAUACGCCUGCCACAACUGAUUCUACUCCAGUUGUGAAUUCCACAACAGAGAGUACUACGGAUCUUACAACGACAACUACACCCGAUGCUCCUACCGCAACUGAUUCUACUCCAGCUAUAUCUUCCUCUACAUAUCAAACAACAACAACUAGCCCAGCGCCACCAUCAUGCGAAAACUUGAAAACAGGAACUUUCCUUCCAGAUCCAGUUGACUGCAACCGUUAUUAUGUAUGUAGUUAUGGACAAGCCAUACGAAUGCGUUGCCCGUCGACGCUUUGGUUUGAUGUAAAACUAAACGUGUGUAACUAUCCUGAAAAAGUAACAUGUGAUGCGAGUGGCCAUCCUGAAACAUCUACUACGUUCAUAACAUCUACCACAACUGAUUCUACUCCAGCUGUGACUUCCUCAACGGUUCUUACAACGACAACUACACCCGAAACACCUACAACAUCCCAUUCUACGCCAACUGUGACUUCCUCAACGGAAAGUACUACGGUUCUUACAACGACAACGACAACUACACCCGAAACACCUGUAACAUCCGAUUCUACUCCAGCUAUGACUUCCUCAUCGGAAAGUACUACGGAUCUAACAUCGAAAACGUCUACCACAACUAUAUCUUCCUCUACAUAUAAGACAACCACAACUGGCACAGCACCACCAUCAUGCGCAAACUUGAAAACAGGAACGUUCCUCCCUGAUCCAGUUGACUGCAACCGUUAUUAUGUAUGUAGUUAUGGACAAGCCAUACGAAUGCGUUGCCCGUCGACGCUUUGGUUUGAUGUAAAGCUAGACGUUUGUAACUACCCAGAAAAUGUAACAUGUGUUGCGAAUCAGAACAGAAUACAAAUACUAAGAAAUAGAACAAAUCGUUGCUUCGUUUUGGCUACAAAUUUGGAUGAAAUGGAGAAAAUGCGAUAUCAAAUGAUUUUAAUGGCAUUCAUUUUAAUGUUACCUUACUUACGCGUAACAAACGCGGAAAUAUUUGAAGAAUGUGAAAAUGAGCCCGAUGAUACAUUUGUAAAGAGUUCACAGAGUUGUCAAAUGUAUAUAUAUUGUAAUGGUGACGAUUCCUAUUCAGGAGAAUGCGAUGAAGGUCAAUAUUUUGAUGGUGACGCUUGUGACGAUGCGGAAAAUGUUUAUUGCUUUUUGGAUGACAUCGGCGAGACAGAUCCUGAGGACCCGGUUGAAUCCGAAGAGCCUGAAGACCCAGAAGAAACUGAGCCAGCUGUUACAACGAGACCAACCGCUGCAACAACGACCGAAAUCCCACAAAUAACCACCAAUAAUGAUUUGAGCACAAGCACUUUAGAAGCGAUUGUCGUUGCGCCAGUAGUAAGGGAUCACUGUCCCACGGUCGAGGAUCCACAAACAAUCGUAUUCACGGCGAAUAAUCAAUCUUGCACAGGCUAUUAUCUUUGUUAUCACGGCCAAGCCAUUGAAAUGCGUUGUACGGAUAAUUUACACUUCAAUAUACAUACCGCUAAAUGUGAUUUUCCCGAAAAUGUGCAGUGCAUGAUGGAUCGACCAAAUGCGAAUAAAUGUUUACCACAGGUCACCGACUUCUUUCCGCAUCCACAGAAAUGUAAUUAUUUCUAUUACUGCAUCAAAGGUUUUCUAACGGUGCAGCAAUGCCCUUUUUAUUACGGAUGGGACAUUGAAAGGCGUGCUUGUGUGCUUCUUGACCAGGCAAAAUGUUUUGAAGGCUCGAGGCCCAGCAAUACGUCUUGUAGACAUUACAUAUAUUGUGGUGGUGAGGAAUCCUAUGAGGGUGAAUGCGCAGAUGGCGAUUAUUUUAAUGAACUAUUGCAAACGUGUGAUCCCGAGCAAUUUGUUACCUGCCAGCUUUACAACACAAGCAGCCCCAGCCCCAGCUCCAUGCAAACGGCACCAACCCAAGCUGCAAUGAACACAACAGCCAGUUCAACAUUUUCUUCUACAGUAAUAGCAUCAAGCCCGUCAGCACCAACACAAACUACGAGCAACCAGACCAGCUCUGAUAACACGAGCACCACAAGUGCGUUGAGUGAAUCUAUUGCAACUUCAGAGGCUCCGCCCGUAACGAAGGACGCUAUAGCUAUAAUAAUAACAACCGAAUGUCCGUUGACGGAUAAUCCAAAUCAAAUGAUUUUCGUGCCACAUCCGAAAACUUGUUCAGAUUAUUUUAUUUGUUAUCGCGGCCAACAAAUGGCAAUGCACUGUUCUUCUAUGCUCCAUUUUAAUUCAAAUACCGGAAAAUGUGAUUAUGCGGAGAACGUUCGGUGUCAGGAAGUGCCUAUGAGAAUCCAGUUCAAACCGAUGGCACCGCUCAAAGUUGUGUACAUUUGUUUGGCCUGGACAACAAUAAUACAACAGUCCCAAUCAUAUACGUCAAAUUCCAUAAUACCGCCUAAGAAAGGGCGUCAAAAUAAUAUAUGUCUAAACCACACCGCUGGAGAAUUUGAUAGAAAUCCCGAUGAUUGCCGGUCAUUCUACUUGUGUUUGGAAAAUGGACAGGCAGUGAUGGCGCCCUGCCCGCCGACUAUGCUUUUCAAUGCGGUCAGUAAACUCUGCGACACUGCCGAAAAUGUCAAUUGUGACAUUUCCAUACCAAGUGCCAGUAAUAACAAUAACACUAAUAGUAAUAAUAACGGUAACACUGAUGAUGAUGACAAGAGUGAAGCUUUAAGUGCUUCCCGAUAUUGUGUCUCAUUGCAAACUGUGCAAAAUCGCAUCGUUUUCGUUGGCAGCAAUAGUAAUUGCCAGCAAUACUUCAUAUGUUAUUAUGGGCAGGCGGUGUUGCAGGAAUGUAGUGCCAACUUACAUUGGAAUAAGAAAAUUGAUAAGUGCGAUUUGCCCGAAAAAGCUGGUUGUGAGAUGUGGAACGGCGACGUCGGUAUCGGUCAGUACACAUCCGUCAACGGUAUUGGUGAAAAUGCCAAUACUGCCGAUGCACUAUCAAAUGGAAGUGAAUAUGGUGCACAAUCCACAAUUUCUGAACUAAUCAAUUGUCCAAUAUAUGGACAACAUGUAUUUCCGCAUAUGUCGCGUUGUGAGUAUUUUAUUUACUGUAUCAAAGGGCAUGCUUCAUUGCAGAAAUGUCCUUUUUACCACAAUUUCGAUAUUGUGUCAAAAAGCUGUAAAUGGCGCACAACCGCUGUGUGUAUUCGAGAUUUAAAUAUUAAUUUGAAUAAAUUAAUUGCUAAAUAAGC